UGAAUCUUAGUAAUCCACAAGGAGUUAGAUAAAACCCAAUUACUUCUAUAUAUAUACUUCCUUUAUUCCUUUCAUUCCAAUCUUUCUAUCAUAUUCUUCUAAUUUUCUCUGUUCAUUAUAUUCUAAGAUUUUAAACAUGGCUUCCUGCAACAACAUACAUCAAGAGGGAAUUGAGAAGAGAGAGCCAACCCCUCUAGAAAAGCAUGUUAUGUUCUUUGAUAUCGACAAGAAUGGAAUUAUUUACCCUUGGGAAACUUAUCAAGGUUUCCGGAAAAUUGGAUGUGGUAUUUUUCUUUCCAUUUUUGCAUCCUUCUUCAUUAAUUUUGGCCUCAGCCGAAACACUCGACCUGGGAAAUGGCCUUCUUUGCUCUUUCCAAUUGAAGUGAAGAACAUCAAAUUUGCCAAGCAUGGCAGUGACAGUGGUGUCUACGACAGUGAAGGAAGGUUUGUUCAGGAAAAAUUCGAAGAGAUAUUCAAGAAACAUGCACAUUCAAAUGGAAACGCCUUGACAGGCCAGGAAUUGGAUGAAAUGCUAAAGGCAAACAGGGAACCGAAGGACCAUAAGGGACGUAUCGCUGCUUUGUCAGAGUGGAAGGCACUAUACUUUCUUUGCAAAGACAAGCAUGGAUUGCUUGGAAAAGAAACAGUUAGAGGUGUUUAUGAUGGUAGCUUAUUUGAACAAAUGGCAAAGGAGCACCAAUCCAGGAAGAAAAACAUUCCAGAAUUAUAUCAAGUUCAUAAGAAUGGGGAUCUCUUGUAAUCCUAGCCACAAUGUACAGUUAAGUACAUCUGUUAUGUAUGGAUUACUGAUAGCUGGAAUCUGGUGGAUUUUCUCUAUAUUCGUAAUUUGUAGUUGUGAGUUAAUUCUUUGUACUGAUCUGUGGAAGUGAUUUUCUCUCAUUAUAUGGCAGUUUAAUUGUGGUUUUUUUUUU